UGUGACGUGGCGUGACACGCCAUGUCCCGGCGCACUGAAAGAUCUCACCCUCUGCAGCAACAAUGGGAUUCCACCCGGACACACAGACGAUGAACAACAAAGGCAAAGCAGUCGCCGUCUCAAGCCCCAACAUCAACGACAUCGACGACGACAACGUUAACAUCGGCGUAGACGACUUGGAUUUGGACGACGACAACAACCACAGAAGUAGUGGCGUCUCUUCGACUUCCAUCAGAUUCUCGUCCCGCAACACUUCCUCCAAAUACGACUUUGUCAAGGUGAAGGUCUGGCUGGGUGAUAAUGCAGAUCACUACUAUGUUCUUUCCAGAUUUUUGCUCAGUCGAAUGUUGACUGUCACUAAGAUCCCGAAUUAUGUAGCGAUUAAAAUCGCGCUGGAGCUCAAGAAGCUGCUGAUUGACAACAGCCUGCUAGAUGUGUAUGCUGUCUCCACAUUGAUUCUUUUUUGUUAUUCUGAUUUUUCUUGUUGUUGUUUGGAUUUGUAUAAAUGGUUUCGCUUUUGGGUUCACCUGAUGCGUUGCAGUUCGCAGUCCGAUUUGGAAGUGAAUUUGUUUAAGCUUAUGGAACGAAGGGGUUAUGGGGAAGAGUACAUAAAUCGGUACAAGAUGAUGACCAGAUUUCACCAUCAACGAGUACCAUUGGUUAUUCUUGUAUGUGGAACUGCCUGUGUUGGAAAGUCGACCAUUGCUACCCAACUUGCACAAAGACUAAAUUUGCCUAAUGUCUUGCAGACAGAUAUGGUAUAUGAAUUGUUGCGCACGUCAACAGAUGCACCAUUGACAUCUACUCCUGUAUGGGAACGAGACUUCAGCUCCUCCGAGGAGUUAAUUACUGAAUUUUGUAGGGAAUGCAGGAUUGUCCGUAAAGGAUUGGCUGGUGAUUUGAAGAAAGCUAUGAAAGAUGGAAAGCCAAUAAUAAUAGAGGGAAUACAUUUGGAUCCAAGCAUUUAUUUAAUGGAAGAUGAUAAUAAAACACAAGCACAAGAGAAAACUCAGGAGGCAGACCCAGUUGCAGUAGAUGGUACCAAAACACAGAUGGAAAACAGUUCUCCAAUUAUAAGCGGAAGUUCUUCUGAAGUUUUCAACAGUGCUGCACAUGUCAGCUGCGAAGAAGGGACACCAACUAACAAGGUGGACAAAGUCUUGGACCACCUGGAAGCUAUUGACCUAGCCGGAAAUGUUUCUGAGGAAAAAGGUGAAAGUGUUACUGAUCCAGAGUUGAGUAAACGUACUUCUGUUAAGAAAGAGAAGUCUGGUACCGAACCAAUUAUUAUACCUCUAGUUUUGAAGAUGGCUGAGUUUGAUCAUAAGGCAUUACUAGAAGAGGUGAUCUCGACUCGUACAUUUAGUGAUAAAUCUAUAAUCCAGGAUAAAGAUAAGCUAAUACGCAACUUAAAGACCAUCCAGGAUUAUCUUUGUUCAUUCAAUUCGCAGGGAUUGACAGUCGUCAAUAUAUCAUCAACCACAUUUCCGCAAACACUGGAUUGGCUGCAUGGGUAUCUUCUUGAGUGUAUAGAGCAUGGUAUUUCAUCAGUGUCCAAUGGAAAUAGUAGGCGGCCUGCGGAAAGUUAGACUGCAUUCCGAUGUUAGCUGAAGGCUGAGCUGGGGAAAAGAACCAGUAACGGUUAUGAAACAGUGAUCGGCUGGACGAUAAAGAUCAGCCGAUAAAGAUCAAAUGUCGGGAAACAAAACGGAGAACAAAUACUUAUAAGCACCUUUGCAGCAGCAGCAGCUUGCAGAGCAAAUUUCUACUUGCAUUACUUGUUCUUUGAUACGAGACGCCAGAUUUCAACCAAAUGCAGCCUCUUUAAUGCAUCCAAGACUUCACCAAAAUUCAAUUUUUCGAUACGAGAUACCAAGUUUCGGAUAAGUUGUUGUCUUCGUAUUGUACGUAUGUAAAAUCAGUCAUUAAGUUGUUGUCUUAGUAGUGUUCGUAUGUAUAACUUAAGGGAUACUGUAUUUAACAUGAUGUUCUUAACCACUUUUUCGACGAUCGACCUUUGGACAGCGACAGUUAUAUGUGCAUCUUCUUCGCCUUUUCUGUGUAUAUAUCAACAAAGAGACGCAAUAAAUUGUCCAUCGAGUAA